AUGGCGAUCACAUCGGAUGAAGUAAACUACCUCAUCUAUCGAUACCUCCAGGAAUCGGGUUUUUUACAUUCGGCAUUUACAUUCGCCUAUGAAAGUCAACUAGCAAAAUCUAGUGUAAUUAACACGGAAUUACCGCCUGGUGCACUCGUGUCAUUUCUACAAAAGGGACUGCAAUAUGUCGGUAUUGAAGCUCAUAUUAACGAGGACGGGACAGAACGAGAGUGUGAUGGCGACUAUUCAUUGUUGAGUGCACAUGUUUGCCGCGUGGCACAGUCUGCUUCGAGUAGUGCGAGAUCAUUAAAAGCUUCAAAUAAGAGAAAGAGGAAAGGAGAAGGCUCACCGGAUACUGUGGAUGGUUCAAAAGAGAUGAAUGGUGUCGACAAAUUGGACAAGGAAGCACUCGUGCUGCUUAGUGGACAUGAGAAAGAAGUAUAUGCGUGCUCGUGGAACCCGAUGAAAAACAUUUUGGUGUCGGGAUCAAGUGACUCGACGGCUAGAGUCUGGACUUUGCCGAAUAUAGUGAAAGAUAGAAAAGAGGCGGUGUCUAUGGUGCUAAAUCAUGGUACAGGACCACACAAGGACGUCACAACUCUCGAGUGGAAUCACGACGGAUCUUCUUUGGCGUCUGGAACCUACAACGGCAAGACAAGGAUCUGGAAUGCGGAAGGAGAGAUGAAACAUAUUUUUCAGUACCACAACGGACCGGUGUUUGCUACACGAUGGAGUAAGACAAGUUUGUUUUUGCUCAGCGCUAGUUUUGACAAGACUGUCGUGGUAUGGGAUGCUACUACGGAAACAAAAAGGCAACAGCUGAAGCUUCACGAUGACCCAAUACUGGAUGCAUCGUGGAAGGAUGACUCUACUUUUGCAACAUGCUCGUCGGACAUGAGUAUUUGUGUUGCGCGCGUGGGGGAAACGAAGGCUGAUGUAGUGUUGCGUGGACACAAGGAUGCGAUUAAUUCUGUCAAGUGGGACCCGUCUGGGCGAUAUUUGGCGUCAUGUUCAGAUGACUACACGGUGAAAAUUUGGGAACCGUCGAUUGCUAUUGACAAGAUGAAUGUAGUGGAAGGUGAUGGCAUGGAUAUUGAAAACAACAAGGAGGUGGAAUUGGAUGCAGCAAGCUCAGCAGCGCUGGUGUAUACUUUGCAAGAGCACAAAAAGGAAGUGUACACAUUUCGCUGGAGCUGCACAGGUCCAGGUACAGCUCUGCCUGACCAGCCUUUGAUAUUAGCCAGUGCGUCUUUUGAUGGCACCGUGAAACUUUGGGACGUCGAGUCGGGUUGUUGUAGGAGAACAUUUGAUCAUCAGUAUCCUGUGUAUGGUGUUGCGUUUAGUCCGGAUGGGGAGCAUCUGGCUAGUGGAACAGUAGGAGGAAUGCUCAAUGUCUGGUCAUUAAAGGGUGGGUGCUUAGUAAAGACGUAUCAAGCAAAUGGCGAUAUCUACGAAGUCAAUUGGAACAAGCAGGGUGAUCAGAUCGCCGCGUGCGUGUCCAGCGGUGACGUCGCAAUUAUCAAUUUUCGAUUGUAG